AUGUUUUAUUUCUUGUCCUCGAAGAAGCUAUUUCGUCACCUAACUACUCCCAAGAUGGCGAUUAUCGACACGCUACCUGCAGUCAGCGUUUCUGUCCGUCUCGGGACGUCAACCAGAGACGCUGAUGAAUACCCAGACCCUUAUCCAUACAAAAAUAGCGAGCCUUAUCUCGAUAACUUCGAACAAUGCUCUCGCAACUACAUUGAGAGUGAAGAUGGAGUCGAGUUCGCGGUUCAGGUGGAUGUCCUGGACGAAGAAUCACUGGAUCCUUGGGUUUACGGAGAUUACGGUCUAGUGUUUCUGCUGUUCAUCGAUGGACAGUUCAUUCGUCGUAGAUUCUGUCACAGUGACGAUUUUCUUAACCGGCGCUGGCAAUUCACGUUCAAUGGAAAGAAAUAUCCGGAUGAGGCUCGCUCUGUACUGAUACACAGGAAGUUCAAGUUUCACUCAAUUAGCACAGUGAAUGAAGAUGCUUCGAAGCAGGAAAUUCGUCUUGCUCGAAACCUCGGUGUCAUUGAGCAGCCGUGGUAUGACAGCUACCAUAUCUCCGAAGAAGCCUUGAAGGGCCGAGCCAUCUCACAUGGCACCUCGUUUGCCCAAUUCGAUGAGACGCCGUUACGACCGCUGCGUCGUGAACAGAGAGCAGCUUUUGAAAAGAUAUGGACUGGCCCACUAGUGGCUAUGUAUACAUUCAAAUACCGGUCUUGGGAGGCGCAGGGUGCUAACCUCUGUCCAGAGGCGCAGGGUGCUAACCUCUGUCCAGAGGCGUUGAAGAUUGUGGAUGUUGUUCAUCGAACACCCGAGAGAGACUCCGUGACUUACAGAAAGAAAUUUCACUACGAGCAAUCUGCAGCGAACAGAUUUGAGGAGUUGCACACUCGUGAGACCAAUAAACUCGCGCGUGAGAGGUGCAUGCAGAUCAAAGAUGAGAGACUGCAAACAUUUACCAAGAAGCGUAAUCAUACCGACUUUUGCGAGCCCAACGACGACAGUGUAACGGCUCGCCCAUACAAGAUCAUCAGACUUGGAACCGGUAAAGAGGCUAUCGACCUCACAGGUUACUAUUAA